ACAACAACAAUAUUCGCCCAGACAGCAAUACCAAACAAAGCAACAAGCAAAAGCAGCAAACAAAGCACUAUGUGUGUAAGAGGGACUAACGAAGUGAUACAGAACACCCCGUUUCCUCUGCAGUGAGCCGGAACAAACAGCAAAACAGAGAACAAAAUUCACCACACCCGAAGUUGAUUCUGGUGAAAACAUCGCGUAGUGAGGGAACAUCAACAACAACAUCAGCGAGAGAAAAAAAUGUAAUCUGGCGGAGCGAUAACAAUCCAACUUAGACCACCGCAGGAUACAUUGGAAGAAAUGAAGAAGAUUGUGCCAGUUUAUUAGCAAUAUUGUGAGCUGUGAAAAUAAAAAUGUUAUUUAUUUGAAUGUAAUAGUUUCCAAAUGUAAUGUACGAUUAAACGGAUGUGCUGUAAUGAAAUGUAAUGUUCUGAAACCAAAUAUAUGUACUGUUUGUAGUUAUGUACAGUGAACUUGAAUAAACUGUUUCUCGUUAUCAAGUUUGUUAUUUAUCGGCCGUCGGCACUUGGUCGCAGUGCAUUGCUGGAUGGUAGUAGAUGAAUGAAUAUUUGGCGCGCCGUUGGUUUAUACUCGUUGAUAUCGAAGUGCAUUUCGAAGCAGCGUUUGUCCUCGGAUUCGAUUGGUCAGCAUGGAAUGUGAUGUUGGUGCCUAACAGUUGGCUAUCGGAGAAGGCCAGAAACGUUUUGUUUGGGUCAAUUGAUUGUGUUUGGAGGUAUACCGAAAACAAGCCUGGAAGGAACGGAAGAGCAAUGUCCGUAUUACAGAUCGUUGAUCAGCGGUGUCGUAUAUGUUCUAAAAAUUCUACAAAAAUAACUUCCCUCAGUGAAAUCAUAAAUGGGAGAACACUGGCUGAAAUGUUACGUUAUUGUGUCACGAUAGAGGUUUUUGAAGGCGAUUACCUACCAUUCCAAUGUUGUGUAGAUUGCAAGUCCGAUCUAAUUGUAGCGUAUAAUUUGGCGAUACGUUGCAAGGAAUCUGAUGCUUUGUUUCGAAGUCAGCUUAGCGAUAGUAAAGAUGCUUUGCGACUACUACCAUAUGAAUUUAACAAUGCGACAAAUGCCAAUCAACUAAAAACAGAGUUCAAGACGGAAACUGAAUGUGUAUAUGUAGAGCCAGAUCUUUAUACAUCAAACGAUGAACAAUCGAACAUGUUGACAUAUGAGAAAAACGGAAGUUCAUCAAAUUUCAAUAACGAUGAUGAAAUCGGCGAGGGAUAUAUGCAAGUGGAUGAUAGGGAAGACGAUAAUGAGACAAAUCGAGAAAACAACGUGGAUGACAGCGAUGACGAAAGUGUAUUCGAGAGGGAACUAAGGAGGUGUGUGAAAACAAAAACUUCGUCUUCUCCCAAACGAUGCUGCAAAUGCAAGACGCGUUUGGAAAAUGUAGAGCAAGUUGAGCAACAUUCUAAAAUGCAUAUCAUGUCAAGAAUUACCGACGUACAAAUAACAACAGUUCGACCAUUUGAAUGCUCAGUUUGCUUUAAUCGGUAUACUAAGAAGCGAUUUCUACUCCGUCAUCAACGAGAAAUGUACAUCGAGAAAAAAUUUCAAUGCGAGGAAUGUGAUAAAGAAUUUCUCACAGAAUCUCAACUUGCGAAUCACAAAGAGUCUCAUGAUAAAGAUAACAGUGACAGAAAGGAACAACUCACAAAAUGCUGUGCAUGUUACCAACAGUUCGAGUCCGAAGAAUUGUUGAGAAAACAUGCUGAUGAAAUCCAUCUUCCAGAAAGUCAAUCUUCAACAAACGAUAAUGAAAAAAAAUUCAUUUGUGACAUCUGUCACCGCAGAUACAAAACUAAACGGACAUUGUUGGAUCACAAAUCAAAACCAUAUCGUAAUGAGCAAAACAUGUGUACCCAAUGUGGUAAAAUGUUUCGUGAAAAACGCUUUCUCAUUGAUCACGAACGUUUGCACCAAGGAGAUCGUCCAUUGGUAUGUCCGGUUUGCUCGAAAACAUUUGCCGUAAAGGACUCGUACAGAAAACAUGUGAAGUCGCAUUCCAUUGAAAAGGAUCGAUUCAAAUGUGAAAUUUGUAGCAAAGGAUUCAGGAAAAAGACGAACCUAAAAAGUCACUAUAUUACGCAUAGGACGGAUUAUCGACCGAUGAGCUGUAGUAUUUGUUCGGCGUCAUUCGCACGAAAGGCAACUCUCAAACUCCAUAUGAGGUUGCAUACGGGCGAAAAACCACACAAGUGCAAUAUGUGUGAUGCAAGCUUUGCAUGUCCGAGCAAUCUCAAACAACACAUUAUGGCACACGAGGGCAUUAAACCGUACGCCUGUCACAUAUGCGGAAAGAGAUAUCCGAGACAGGACUAUCUGCGCAGACAUAUGGUUUCGCAUAUCGCAAACAAUUGAACAAAAAUUACUACUGUCGUAUCAAUAAAGCAAUUUUCCAUCUUAUUUUUAUUUUA